AUGCGGCGAGGCGGCAAGGGCCUGGCACAGCCGCCGCAGACGGUCCUGUCCACACGGCAUCAGUGCGCAGCGGGGCCACUCCGCUACUCCGGCGACAUGGCUCGUGCUCUCUGCCUCGUGGUUUGCGUUCUGCUGGCAAUCAUCGCUACAGUCGGCGCCAGCUUUGGUGGGAAUGAACACGUCCACAUACGUGUGCACGUCCCACACCUGAUCAACGAGGUGCACCAUCAGAAGAAGAUCAUCUACCAGGAGCACCACCCCAGCUACGGCGGCGAAUUCUCCAGCCACGGGGGUGGAGGCGGCUUUUCCAGCAGCGGGGGCGGCGGCGGCUAC